AUGCGGCCGCUUCCCGGCGACGACGCCCACGCGCGUCCACGCGCCUCGGACGACGACGGGCUCUCGACGUUCCGACUCCCAAGCGCGCCGCAGAUGACCUAUUCCCUCGGCGACGAGUCCACCAUCAGUUCCUCGUCGUCGCCACAUCACCCGGGGCCCUCUGCACCCCCGCACCGUCGCGUGAAAGACCACCACAAGCCCGUAACACCAGCAGCAGUUCCACCACCACCACCACUGCGCGCUGAACAUCCCGGACGGCAGCAGCGCCUGCCAUCGCAUCACGACUUUGAGCGCAACCGUGAUAGAGAAGCCGCCACCGCGAGUGCGCGGCCUUCCAGCUCAUCUUCCUCCUCCAAGGCCCCCGUGGUUGACCACCCUCACCGCCUUGCCCACAGACACGGGCAUGAUGGGCACGAUGACUUCGAUGUUUCCUCCCCUUUCCCCCGACCGGCCGAUACCCCGAGCCUAUCCCAGCCGCUCACACCGGUUCUUUUUCCCAGCUCGACGGGUCCCGCGUCCGCGCUCAGCAGCGUCUCGUCGCGUCGUAAUUCGCUGUGUUUAUCCGACGACUUGGCGAGUUGCCCGCCGAGCACGAAUGAUGGGAAUGGGGGUGAUAAUCGUAGCGAGAUGAAUGACAAUGAUGUUGCUGUUGAGGAUGAGGAUGCGGAAAGCAUGCACGCGUAUGUGGGUGAACAUGGUGGUGGACGGGAGGGACACGCUCUCGGCGGCGUGAAUGUCAGCGGCGAGACGAGUACCCAGUCAUCCAUGAUGGACAGUGGUUCGGCGCCGCAGCUGGUCAUGCCGAGUAUCAAGAUGCCGAGUCGUCGGCCGUUCACGGACGAUGGCAAGCGGAUGGGUCGCUUGAAGUUGUUGAUUGCUGGGGAUAGUGGUGUUGGCAAGACAUCGCUGAUCAAGGCUGUGGUGCAGUCGUGCGAGCACAUCGUGCACGUCGACCCUAUUACCCCGUUUGGUUUGUUGGGCGCCGGUUCAGCAGUUUCGGCUGUUCAUAGGAAUAGGCAGAGGGCUGGUAGUGGGAAUGGGAGUAGUAGGAGACAGCAACAACAGCAGCAACAGCAGAGGGGGAGUUCGAUUCGUCCGGGCCAGAUCACGGAGAUUUAUGCGAGCACUAAGCCAUACCCCGAGUGGUGGUCUGAGGUGGAUGAUUUGAGCGUGUUGGGGCGGAAGAAGAGCAUGGGAGAUGCGGUGCUGGACCGGAAUAUCUGCUUUGUUGAUACUCCAGGGUACGGUAGUGGUUCAUCGUCCCUGGACACGAUCACGCCCGUCACGCAAUAUAUCGAGGCACAUUGGCAAAGGAUAAACGCCAACCUCCUUUCUGACGGAGAUCUCUUGAACCUAAUCGGUGGAGAAGGAGGCGUCCAGGUUGACGCCGUUCUCUACCUCGUCUCAAACCGCCUCCGCCCCGUGGAUAUCGAGUAUCUUCGUCAAGUCGCUCCUCUCACUAACAUUAUCAUACUUCUCGCCCAAUCGGAUCUCAUGUCCGCUGAACAAGUCGCCGCUAGCAAAGCCCAAAUCCAGAGCCAGCUCAAGGAAGUUGGCAUCCGGCUCUUUAACUUUUCCGAUGACCAAGGCAUCUAUGCCAUUUCCAGCGCCACGGGUUCCGACCACGACACCAUGGAUGCGAGCCUUCUCAUGUCAUCAGACUACGUCCAACCACUCAUUCCAACCGAACUCUCGACUCUCGUAUCACAAGUCUUCUCUCCCACGGGCAUCACCCACCUCCGCCACUCCGUCGCACGCAAAUACCUUCACUGGCGCAACCCAGAUUCAACCAACCUUCCUUCCCUCUUUUCCUCUCGCCCGCCCUCUCUUCUAUCCCGCACCCAGACCGCCCCGCUCAUCCCCAACCAGCAGCUCUCGUCCUUCUCCUCCCCGGCCCCAUCACCAUCGCCUUUAUCCCCAUCUCUCAACCCAGCGCCCGCCAGUGUGGGCACGAGCUAUGCCCUUGCCCGUCUCGCCGACCACACCCACCGCGAAGAACGCCUCGCACAGGUCCGACUGGCGAACUGGGCCGCCGACUUGCAAAAGAGUAUCGCCCGUGAGAGGGAACAGUAUGCGGCCCUGGCGCGCGGGGAAAGAGCGGUAUGGCUAGCCGAGAGGAUGGGUGAGUGUGUGAGGGACGGUGGACUGGAGGGCUUACCCCCUUCGGGACAGGUGGUUGUUGCCGAGCGCGGCCUGCAGAGGCAGAACCACCAACAGCAAGCGGGACAUAAAAGAGGACAUCGGAGUAGCAGUGGCAGUAACGAACUGGCCAUCCCAUCGGGCAGGAGACGAAGCCGACGACAGGACUUGGGGUAUGGCAACGAUACCAACGGCAGCGAGAAAUACAUCGGCACAAUGACCAUGACUGGGACCAGCCAGAGCCAGAACCAAACCCAACUUCACGCUGCGAGCCACCCACGCCAGCGGAACAGGCAGGACCCACUCGGUUUACUCGAAGUCGCCGACGAGUUGCGGCACAAGGGCCUGAUUGCGCUUGAGGUGCUGGGCAGUUUGAGUGUGCUUGGUGGGCUGGCGCUGUGGGUGACGAAGCAUUAUUUGUAUGUGCAGUCGCCCCCUGGGUAUGGGGGCUAUGCUGGUGGAGCAGGAGGAGGUGGUGGUGGUGUUGGGAGUGGGUUGGGGUGGUUGGUGGGGGAGUGGGAUCGGUUUUGGAAUGGGGUGCGAUGA